CACGCUGCGUAAGCGAUGACGCGACGCUUAUCAGCGGUUAUCACCCCGCGAGCCUCGCACCUCGUGCCUGCGUCCAGUCGCGCGUCCACGCUUGUCUCAAGCGCACGUCGCUCCGCGCUUCGCUCGAUCCGCUCCGCUCGCUCCCGAAGCCACACGACGAUAACCGUGUGCGGCGGAUCCCGCGCGAGGCGCGCGCCCUGCGCAGGCGCGAAGCAACAGAUAGCAGCCGCCGCGCCCCGCCGCUGGUUAUCGCGCGCUCGCCGUCGCGCUGACCAGACGUGUAUGCCUCCGGUCUGCCGUGACGCGAAUCUCUCUACUCUUCGCGCGAUAUUCUAGCUCGUAGUUUUCUUCGUAAAUUUAAGAUUGGUGUGUAGUGAAGUAGUGUUCCAGUAGCAUUUUUUCUCUUUCUCUGUGUCUAUUUAUCAGUGUUAGUGUAAUAAUGUUAUUCAGUAGUGUUAGGUUAGUUAGUGUUAGCAUGUAGGGAGUGUCGCGUCUGCGAUGUGUUCGUUUGACGUCGGAACAGUUUCCCGAAUGAUGUAACGUAUCGCCGACGCACGACGUGAACUAAGCAGUGCAAAGAUUAUGCGACAGAGACGCAUUAUGUUUUGUGGCGGGUAGUCGAGUGCCUCCAAGAUGUCGCUGCCCAUGAAGCGGUCGUUCAGCUCGGAGGGCGGCGCGACCUCCAAGCGCGACUGGAAGAUGCGGCUCAGCCUGCGGAGCCGCAGCGGGCACAGCGUCGACAGUCGCACUCCUAUGUAUGUCAAGGAGGCGCUGCGCGGGCGCAGAUGCGCAUCGCUGCGCUCUGCGGCGACGCCGGCGCGCGGGCAGGAGGAGUCUGGGCGCAGCACUCCCUCUGCCGCGCACCGAGCCUCGCCCUCACCCGCUGACACUCCUGCGCCCAAGAAGUCCAACUGGGAAGUGAUAGAACACUUCUCAUCCAGCAAGACCAAGAGAAGCCCCACUGCUGUGGAAGCAGAAGGCGGCGCUGCGUCCUCGUCGCCAGCGCUGCCUCUCUGCCCCGCCGGGAGACCUGAUGCCGACGUACAGCCUCUGCUCACCGAAGCAGAAGGGCAAGCAGAUGGCGCCGGCGGUCCCAGCGGGGUCGAAGACGACGAGGAGGAGGACACCGGGUGGUGGGGCAACUGCGUCAGCACCUGCCCGCCGCCCGUGCAGGACCUCUGCACUUCCAACCGAUUUGACAACCUACAUGUGGAGAUGCUGUACCAGCGCUACUUCCUGCGCAUGAACCAGACCAACAUGACGCACCUGCUGGGCCUGCUGCUGGCCGUGGCCGUGGGCCUGCUGGUGGUGCAGGUGCGCACGCUGCUGCUCGCGCAGAACCUGCUCAGCAAGUACCAGCCCAUGCUCAACAUGACCGACGACUUCAACCGAUACCAUGACCCCAACCGAUACGUGAACGUGACCACCUCCCGGUACCACGAGGAGUUGGCGGCGAUCAACGCGACGCAGUUCCACGUGUUCUACGAGAAGGAGCGCGUCGCGCACAUCGUCAACAUCAUCGUGCUCGGCCUCACCGCGCUCGUCUAUGCAUGCCUGCUGGCGUGCCUGACCCGCCCGGCCAUGAACGAGAUCUACCUGCUCACCAUCUCCUACGUGGUGCUCGUCACCUUCCUGCUGGUGGAACUCGCCUUGGCUGGCACCGCCGUCCUGCGUGGGCUGAGCAUCAGCACGGGCUCGUGCGCGCUGUUCACGUACGUGACGUACGCGGCGCUGCCGGUGCGGCUGCACGAGGCCGUGGUGGCCGGCCUGGCGCUCAGCAUCGUCAACAUCGGCGCGCACCUCAUCCUCGACGAGCAUGCCGAAGUGCACCAAAUCUACUGCACGGUGGCGACGCUGAUCGCGUGCAACCUGGCGGGCAUCAUGACGCACAACCCGCGCGAGCUGGCGCAGCGCCGCGCCUUCCUCGAGACGCGCGACUGCGUCGAGGCGCGCCUCGUCACCCAGCGCGAGAACCAGCAGCAGGAGCGCCUGCUGCUGUCGGUGCUGCCGCGCCACGUCGCCAUGGAGAUGAAGGCCGACAUCGCCAGCCAGCCGCGCCAGGAGCAGUUCCACAAGAUCUACAUCCAGCGCUACGAGAACGUCAGCAUCCUGUUCGCUGACAUCUGCGGCUUCACCUCCCUGUCCGACCAGUGCACCGCCGAGGAGCUGGUGCGCCUGCUGAACGAGCUCUUCGCUCGAUUCGACCGGCUGGCAGCUGAACACCACUGCCUGCGCAUCAAGCUGCUGGGCGACUGCUACUACUGCGUGUCUGGCCUGCCCGAGGCGCGCGACGACCACGCCAAGUGCUGCGUGGAGAUGGGACUCGACAUGAUUGAUGCCAUCGCGCUGGUGCGCGAGGUGAUGGCCGUCAACGUGAACAUGCGCGUCGGCAUCCACACCGGCCGCGUGCACUGCGUCGUGCUCGGCCUGCGCAAGUGGCAGUUCGAUGUCUGGUCCAAUGACGUCACCCUCGCCAACUACAUGGAGAGUGGCGGUGUCGCUGGCCGCGUGCACAUCACGAAGGAGACGCUGCGCUGCCUGGGCGACGACUACAAGGUGGAGCCCGGCCACGGUGGACUGCGCAAUGCCUACCUCAAGGACCACAACAUCGAGACCUACCUGAUCGUCCCCGACGACACCAGCCGAGUGGACAAGAAGCCGCAGCACUCGUUCUCGCUGAACGGCAACGUGUCGAAGGAGAUGCGCGUCAUGGGCCACGGCUCGCAGCACGGCAAGCACUCCUCCAAGAUCGGAGUGGAUGCCGGCAAUGAGAACAAAAAGCCGGAGGACGAGGUUAACGAGUACCUGAUGAAGGCGAUCGACGCGCGCUCCACGGACCGGCUGCGCGCCGAGCACUGCCGGCCCUGCACGCUCACCUUCCGCGACGCCAAGCUGGAGCGCAAGUACACCGGCGAGCGCGACCGCAUGAUGAAGGUGUACUUCAUCUGCACCCUGGCGAUCUACUUCGCCAGCGUCGUGAUCCAGGUCGUCUCAUACAACCUGAAGCCGCUCAGCAUCAUCACCAUCGCGACGUCCGGCAUCAUUAUCUGCUCGUUCACGUACCUGGUGCUCUGCAUGGACUUCGAGCACUCGAGCCCGCGCCUGCGCCGCCUGUCGGAGCGCGUGCACAACAACCGCACGCUGGCGCAGAUGGUGUCCUUCACCGUCGUCACCUCCUUCAUCAUCCAGAUCCAGGUCGUCAUGUGUGUGCAGGUGCAAGGUCUGUUCGAUGCGGAGAGCCAGCAAGAGUUCCUGGCCAACGAGACCCGGCAGGGCGACUUCCACUACUGCCCGCACGACAUGAACGAGCACUACCUGCAGCUGACGCUGCUGGCGAUGUUCCUGUGCGCCGUGCACCAGAUCCUCAUCACGGUGGUGAAGCUGCUGCUGCUCUCGUUCACGUGCACUGCGUACGCCACGGUCACGAUCCACGAGCACAUGAUCUUCAAGCAGCACUUCCAUGAGUACCAUCUGAUCCACAGACACCGCUGCGGGCUCGACUGGAACCAGCAAUGGACGGAUGUGGUGAUUGCAGUGGGUGCCACGGUGGCGCUGCUCCUGCACUCGCACCAGACCGAGAGCACGUACCGGCUCGACUUCAUCUGGAAACUGCAGGCCAACGAUGAGAAGGAAGAGAUGGAGCACCUGGAGGCGUACAACCGCAAGCUGCUGGCCAACAUCCUGCCGGAGCACGUCGCGCAGCACUUCCUCUGCAGCGACAAGAACAUCGAUGAGCUGUACCACGAGCAGUGCGAGUCGGUGUGCGUCAUGUUCGCAUCCAUCCCAAACUUCUCGGAGUUUUAUGUCGAGCUGGAGGGCAACAACGAGGGCGUGGAGUGCCUGCGCCUCCUCAACGAGAUUAUCGCCGACUUCGACGAAAUCCUUGCGGAGGACCAGUUCAAGUACAUUGAGAAGAUCAAGAGCACCGGCGCCACGUACAUGGCCGCAUCAGGGCUGACGGCCGCCACGCGGGACCUGCGCGGCUUCCGCCACGUCACUGCCAUGGCUGACUACGCACUGCGCCUGCGCGAGCAGCUGCAGUAUGUCAACGAGCACUCGUUCAACAGCUUCCGAAUCCGGAUUGGCAUCAACAUCGGGCCGGUGGUGGCGGGCGUGAUCGGGGCGCGCAAGCCGCAGUACGACAUCUGGGGCAACGCCGUCAACGUGGCGUCGCGCAUGGACUCCACGGGCCUGCUCGACCACAUCCAGGUCACGGAGGAGGUGUACGAGAUCCUGGCCAUGCGCGGCUACAAGCUGCGCUGCCGGGGCACCAUCGACGUGAAGGGCAAGGGUAACAUGGUCACCUACUUCCUGGAGGGCAUCGGCGAGACCACUUCGCCAGGCACCCACGACAUCUACAGCAACCCGCAGCCGUCCACCUCCGGCACGAGCCAGGAGUGCAGCAACGCGAGCGGCGGCGGCCGGCCCGAGCACCGACCCUUGGAGACCCUCUCGGAGGGACACACCGACGAGGACGGUGGACCCUCACCCAGGGCGUCCAUCCCCAGGGAGAACAACGACAUGGCUAGCCCGAAGCUGGCCAACGGCGAGGGCGGCGCGUCCUCCCGCGAGAGCAUCGCGGAGGCGGUGCGCGCGCGCGUGCUGCGCCGCCUGGAGCGGCCGCUGUCGCUGGCGGACCACGCCGGGAUGCCCACCAUCACGUCGCUGCUCAACUCCAAGGCGUACUCCACAGACUUCGACCAAGCAUUCCACAUCACCGAGACGAAGAAGAACUUCUCGCUGAGCGACAUGAAGCGCGGCGUGCCCGAGUCGCGCAGCAGCGGCGAGAUCGAGGCCCUCCUGGAGGGCAGCGGCCCGCGCCGCGCCGCCAGCCUGGCGGACUUCCUCUUCCGCCGCAAGCAGAACAAGCUGAACGCUGCGGUGGUGAACGUCAUUGAGAACCCAAUGACGGCCAUGUAUGACUACAGCCCCGCCGGCUCGCCGGCGCAGGACGACGCUCACGUCGCCUAAACUCUCGGACAUGACUACCCGGAAGUGACGACCUCCCUGACUCGACGGCUCCAUGUUGAAUGCACAGCUGGCGGAACAGUGCCACCGUUGCACGUAGCAGCACAGUUACAGUGCGGCCCCGCGACCCGGGGCGUUCCUCAGGACACGAGCAAGUGAAGGCACUGUCCCUCAGCCACCUGUCGCCAACUCGGAGUACUUCCCGGCUGUACAUUACGCCGACCUCGAUGGUUCGUUUUAUUGCGCCAAGUUGAAAUUCUUGAAUUCCGUUGAAAGCGUUCAUUGCUUUAAUGAAGUGGAGUCGAUACCAUGACACACAUUGCUUUGAAAACUCGUGCUGCACGUAUAUAUGUGUGCUACAUGUACGGGACUUGCGUACGCUGGUCCUGUACUUCUAUCGAACUGUCAGCGGGUUUUAAUUCACACAGUAGUGGUCAAAAUUGACACUAAACACUUCAUUAAAGUAAUAUUCACACAUCGGCAAUCGAGAGAAACAACGAGACAAUGAAACACAACCUGAGUGCCGGCACCGGAGUGACGAUCCCUGGACGAGGACCCCCACCAUUAAGACUGAAGGAUGCCGCACGUGGCCCGCGUCCCCACGCGGCGCUCAGCCGGCGCUCUUCAUGACACGAGCGGCCCCCAGCGGCCCGCCCAGGCACACACGGACUUACUCACCGGACAUACGAGCGGUGCCGGCGCCGCCCGCCGCCGCGCGCCGCGCGCGCGCACCGCGCCGCCGCCGGAGUUACACUACUCCUAGUUAAGGAUUGCGGUUGUGUGUAUGCAGUCGCAAGCGAGCGUACACGUAUACUUGACCAGUUCACUGACAACUUGUUCUCUGCUAUUGUUUUAAUCUUUUGUCCACACACAUAACCAGGAUAUGCAGUCGGUAGAAAUGUAACUUAGCUAAUUAAACAAAACUUUCAAUUAAAUUUCACAGAAAUAUUUGACAAAGGUGCUGUACCCAGGACCCUCCCCAUAAUUAUGUAACCAAGAUACGCAGCAGGUGCGCCCGCGCAUACCCUCGGCGCACGAGCCUGCGAACCAACGUUAUAUUUCAGUGUUUAGUAUAACUGUCGCAUAAUGCUGUCACGCCACACAACUACUUACUUGAAAGAAACUUUAUAUAAAUCGAGCUUAUAGGAACUCAUAGUGAGGUUUAAGAUAUUAUGAUUGUGUUGCAAGGAGCCCGGCCGGGCUCGCCGCCCGCCGCCCUCGUCUUGGUCACCUUAGCUUUAAUACGCUGUACUCUUCUAGGCGGACGGAGAGAGCUACAGUGGAAAAAAGUCGUUUUGUUUGACGACUAAGUUUUCCAGUAAAACAUUUUUGGUGCUUUUUGGAGGUUAAGACUAAAAGUUUGUGACCUCGCGGGGUGUAACCUUUAAGAAGGGGUUCAAACGUUUUGUAUUGAGCCUGGGAGGCUGGCACGCCUGUACCGUCCGUCGCGGCCCUCACAUCCACUAGUCGCUGCUCUGUCGCUAGCGAAACUAAGCUAAACUUGAAAUCGGGCGCUACCGGUGUGCCGGCGAGGUUUGAUGCAGUAUUCAUGUGUAACGCAUGGUGUAGUGAAAGCUCUAAAAUUCCAAGGCAUUGUGUCGGCUGACUGAGCUGUAGGAACUAUUAAUCUCAAUAUUUUCUAAGAACUGAUUAAAUUAUUAUACAUCUGUAACUACUUACAUUGUCUUACACUUUAAGUUUUACUUUGUGUUUCAUUAGCGUGAGAUUUAUAUAUGUAUAUAGAGUCCUGGUUACAGGACUGACUAUUUUAGAUAAGCUAUUGAUGUACUAUGUCUGUGUGUAAGAGUAGUUAGGGACAGUAGCACGACCCCGCCCCGCCCGCGCCCCGCGGCGCCCGUCGCCCCGCAGCCGGCCAUGCAGCCGGCGCAGGCGCGGGGCGGGCGCCCUGUCGUACGGGUACUUCACAUUGCAACCAAAUAGUAGCCAAAUAUCAUAUUAAUGUAUACGAUUACUGUUUUACCAUAUUUCAGUGUUUAAUAAGUGUCAUGCUAUUUUUGGCACAUUCUGUUUUAUUGUAGUUGUCGUUUACCGAUACACCGGCCGCAGUGAUGGAUCCGCAGGCUUGAUAUAUUAGGGAUGGCUCUUUGGAACGUGUGGCUUCUGCCCGCCUUACUGGCAGUACUUCAGUGGCAGACUCUCAGUGCAUCAGUUGCUAAGAGUGUCGGUAGCACAGUGCGUCAGCAGCUAAGUGCGGCGCUAGCUCAGCGCGUCAUCGCUAGCUCAGCGUCGAUAGUUCAGUACGUCGUCGAUAGCUCAGUACGUCGUCGAUAGCUCAGUACGUCAUUAGCUCUGCGUAAUUAACUGUUGGUUUCUUGUGUGGUUCACAUUGUCGGCUAUUUGGAACGCAUCUAUAUACUCAGGUUGCGCGACUACUGAGUACUUCUCAAGCGGAGUCCUCAGGAACGGCAGCUGGAAGGACGGUGUAUCGUAGUUCAAUGCAUCCGUAGCUAAGAUGUGCUUACUAUUGCUUACCUCAGUGUGUAGUUUGCUUCGUUACCCGACGAGCUCUGCUUGCUGUGACCGAGUCCACAACCUGUGCCUGCACUCCCCCUCGCCCCGCUACCCUCCCUCGAGUGGCCACUGACUCUCCCCCCAGACGAACAAAUAGAUAGUUAAGGCAUUCCACCUCGUGUUUAAAGUGUCUCGCGCGCAAUAAAAUCGUACGUUCUCUAACAAAUACCUACCGGAGCCCGUGCUGACGGUAUUACCCUUCAUUGUGCGAUGCGUCUAAACGAACAGGUUUUCUUGUUAGUUUAAUAUAAGAUUAGUGUCCUACCAUUAAAGUGGCGCCGACUGUUCUAAAAGAUUCGACGUAUCAUUGUACCUGUAUACAAAUAUUGUUACCACUUUAACUAAUAAUAAUUGUACUCAACUGUUGUGCCUCAAUACAGGUUAUUAAUAUCUAUGUAUUCUUGAAUCGAAUCUUCUUCACUAUCUACCGUGUAACGAUGUACUGCUACAUUACAUCGAGUAUUUGUUAUGUAUCUGCAGGUGCUCCGUUUCUAUUAAACAAUGAUAGUGCCAAUAAAUGUGAACGUGUCACCAUGCGAGAUGCCCGAGUCUGAAAACACUACACCUACCAUACAAGUGUGAACGCGUCACAUUGCCCCCACAUACGUAAAUGUUCGUUUUGAUCAAUCCUUAUGGUGUGUGAUUACGCUUUAGUGUAGGUACCGAUUUGAUUUAAGUGUAGGUGUUAUAUUUACCUGAAUGUAAUGCUGGUCCUGUCCAGUGACGCGUAAUGUUGCCACACUACACUCACAGAUAGGGUUGCCACUUGCCAGGCCGCCGCCCUGCGAGUCGACCCUGAAUUGUUAAGGAUUUUAUGUCUGAAUGAAUGUGGCCGACAGUUAUCGUCUCCCAACACCAUUGUCGGUGCCAGUUUCUGAUCAUAACAAGAGCUGGCCGGCCACCGUCAAUUUUGUUCGGACAAGUAACCAAAAAGCCUAAUUAUCGCCUGGUUUAUCCGGACGCCUGGCAAGUGACGCCUAGUCCCCGGUGUCUGCUGCUCCUCGUCCCCCCGCUGCACUCCUCCGUCAGUGGACACAGAGAGGUUCCUGCUAGCGUGCUCGUCGCCGACACAUCUCUGUGUGCCCCUAAAUGUUAGGCUUUCAUUGUAGUUCAUUAUAUUCGUAAUAUUAUCGUGGUGUCACUUGUAUCCAUCUCGAAUAAGCUUAUGUAGGUACCUAAGUCUGCCGCCCCAGCGAAGUGACCCAUAGCAGUUCGCUCCCACCACCAGUCGCUUCGCCAGGCCCCCGUUACAUGCGACGCAGUAGACCAUCCCGGCCUCCAGCCUACCUAGGCUAGCCGAGCGAGGCGCAGCCUGGCGCGGCCCGACGAGGCCCGGUACAUUUUGUCAGAGUCGUCAUACGAUCCAUGUGUUCUUCUCUUUAUAUUCUUAGGUAGUGAUUUAAGACAUUUUGACGUCGUUACUAGUAGUAUAUGAUAUACAUAAUACUAUUUAAUAUUUCUGAAGACUUGGCUCUGUGUUAUGAGUUAGUGAUCUAUAAGUUAAGCGCUUAGCUAUGUCCGGGAGUGAGCAGCGUACUAAGCGCGUUGUACGCUGAAGGCCUAAUCUCUAAGUCGAACAAACAUCACCAUAUACAACAAUUGCCUAUGUAUGUACUCUCGCGUCACUCGGACCAGUUAUCUCCAUGCCACCAACACUUGGUUGGUCUCCGCCAGUGGCUAAUAUUGUGACAGUGCAGUGUUCUCUGCUGCAGCUGGGAAAGGAUAUUGUUCCCUGUUCAAUUUAAUUCAGGAACCAAGUGUGUGGAGACCACUGUACGUACAAAUCUAAUACAAACUGUUUUUCCCAACCAGAUAUAUCUACAACUAGUAUCGAUACAUAUCGAUCAGUCUAGUUGCACUACAAACAUGUGUUUGUAUGCACCUACAGUGCACCUCCGCACACUUGUCACUAGUUAGCAGUACCUACUUAUGGAAAAGUUUGUAAUUACUAUACCUGCAUGUAAUUGUUGUAUACUGUGACCAUAUUAUAUUGUUUAAUUGUAUAACUGAUCUUGUACUUCACAAUGUGUAACAUCCUACUUCAAUUGUACUCUGUGUGUGCUGGCAGGCGACUCCUGCCGGGCGAGACUGUGAUGGUAACAUGAAUACUAUUUACUUUAACUGUCCAAUACAUACGAACUAGAUGUUUACUAAGUGGUGACGUCACGACUUAUGUAUCAACGUAAUGCCGCAGAUCAAAUUAUACGACAUCUUAUGUUUAAGUAUGGUAUUACGCCGUUGUUAAUUGACGAAUUGUAAAAGUACGUGCGGUGGAAGGUGCACACGCAACGGUGUGUACACAUGGAUGCGGCUAAUGGCUAACUGCAGAAUGUAUAACACCAGUAGAGCUGCAAACUAGUCAGUCAGUCAGUCAGUCAGUCAGAGUCAAUUAAAGUAGGAUGUACUGCAGCUGCCUAUGUUCUCUGUAAUGAUAUGGUACAACGGCACUAAACUAUGCGACCCUUGGAAUUUAGUGGCACCAAACUAAUAUGAAUGUUGAAUCUAGCUCUAGAACUUAUUACUAAGGUACCUAAGAAUGUAAAAUUAUCAUCAAAUUACUUUGUAAGCUAGGUAGGUAACCUAGCUGACGGCAGCCCACACGUUGUGGCGGUGGAGCACACGCUCACUGCGCCUGUUUGCUGGUCAUCUUGAGCAACACGUACAUGUGCUAUGGAGCCAAUGGCAUGUAAGCGAUAGUUUGCCGAGAGAAUACAAGACUUACUGUUUGGGUCGACACAUUAGACCUGUAUCGAUCCCGGAGUUGUUUACUACAAGUUCUCUUAUCUCUUAGUAGACAGACACUUAGAUGCCAUUGCAUUCCACUAACAGCAAAUUAUAGAUAUGUAAGCGAUCUCUCGGAGUAACAAUUACCUACAUAAUGAUGUACUACUAACUACUAUUGUGAAAUUAAGGAAAGGGAAAAUGAAUGAAUCGUGUGCUCCAUUAAAUAUGUGUAACACGAAGUUGGCUAGGGAUUGUAAAGUACCCUACCGCCCCUGUGUGAGUGAGGACUGGGAAGGUGCCACUAAAUUUCUUGACUAUUCCAACUGAAACGUCUGAAGUAGUUGCGUACUCGCGGUGACUUGCCGCCGCCGCAAGUGACCACUCUUGCGAAUACCUUACAACUGCGUGGGUGCAGUGGAGGAUGUAUAGUGUACACGUUGCCGUUGGGGUUUGCAUGAUGAUCUUAUUCUCGUAAGCAGUUAUGGCGUGUAUGGGAUAAAACUGUACGGUUAUCAGUAUAAUACAAAGCAGGUAUAGCUGUAGGCAUGUGAUGCGUGCAAGGUUAAGAUUAUCAUGCGAACCCUGCGGCGUCGCCUGCGCCUGGCCCUGCGGACGGGCGGUGAAUGAAGCGACUACUUGAGACGCCACGGUCGUCCUUUGUAUUAUAAUUGUUAAAGCUAAGAAGUUGUAUGUAUGUAUGUAUCAAUGCUUUCCUUAUGUUGUAAUCUGGUAUAAUAAAUGGUGUUAUGUGUAUUA